GGGUGGGUAGGUGGGAACAUACCCUGACCCAUAUUGCAACAAUUGCAGGUUGUGUGGUCUUGUUCUCUUCUAUAUACUCCGUACGGUCACUGGAGUAGUUUGGUACCUACCUGGUACCUUGUUCUCUCUCCUCUCUCUCUCUCUCUCUCUUCCUCCCCUGCGCUGUAUCAAAAAAACUCCAGCAGGCCAAUAGAGAGGCAGUGGAAAAGUUAGCUCCUCGCAGUGGAUAAACCGAGCUUGGGAGAGAGGGGGGGAUUGCAAUUGCCUUGGAUUGCAUUGGAUAUUAUUUUAUUGGGCCGAAAAUAUGCCCGUCAUUCGGUCCCGACCAGGGCAGCCAACCAGCCAGUCAGUCAGUCAGUCACCCCUGGCGCCAUGGACAAGACGGUUGUCAAUUAUAGGCAUAGACGGAUACAUAAUAAAAGAUGUCAGGGAAGCUUGGUGCCAGUUGAGGUCAUGCUUGCUUCGGGAGGGGGAGGGGAGGUCAUCUGGGAUUCGGACAAGGUUCAAGGGUGAAAAAGGUUUACUCAAAGAGAGCUCACAAACUUCCAGCAUACCAUACCUACUCCGUACUCUGUACUCAAUUCAAAAUAUGAGUACAAAUACCAAUACCGCAUAGUAUAAUUUAUAUUGCAGAAAAGUGGGUGGAGGGCAUCGAGCUCUAUUUAUCAUAAGCAUGGCAAGAUCGCCUUCUAUGACGGAAGAUGCAAAAGGGAAAAAAAAAAAAAAAAA